AUGUCGACCAUGCCGGCCUCCCAUGGCCACAGCCAGGCCUGCUGCAACAUCCCGCCCGUCAUCUCCAAGGGAUACAAGGCCAAGGGCAGCUACGAGGAAAUUGGCGGCUACAAGACGUAUGUCACGGGUCCCGCCGACGCCAGCAAGGCCAUUGUCCUCAUCUUCGACAUCUUCGGCUACUUUGAGCAGACGCUCCAGGGCGCAGACAUCUUGGCCUACGGCGACGACAAGCAAAAGUACAGGGUCUUGAUCCCCGACUGGUUCAAGGGCAAGCCCUGCCCCAUCGAGUGGUACCCCCCGGACAACGAGGACAAGCAGAAAAAGCUCGGCGAAUUCUUUGGCACAUUUCCGCCUCCCAAGAUUGCCGGCUACAUCCCUGACUACGUCAAGGCCGUCAGGGCCAAGAACUCUUCCAUCUCCAAGCUGGGCAUACUUGGCAUGUGCUGGGGCGGCAAGGUCGUCGCCCUCUCGGUCAAGGCCGACAGCAACCCCUUCUCCGUCGCCGCCUCGGUGCACCCGGCCAUGGUCGACCCCGCCGACGCCGACGGCAUCAAGGUCCCCAUGAUCCUGCUAGCUUCCAAGGAGGAGUCCAAGGAGGAUGUCAAGAAGUUUGAGGAUGCCCUCAAGGUGCCCAAAUACGUCGAAAUCUUCCCCGACCAGAUCCAUGGGUGGAUGGCUGCCCGCGCCGACUUGAGCGACGAUCGCGUCAAGCACGAGUAUGAGCGCGGCUACAAGACUCUCUUGGAAUUUUUCUCAAGGCACUUUUGA